AUGGAUGGUGACAAUACAUCAGAGACAAAGAUACUGAUUGAUCAAGAUCCACAGACCAUGGAGCUUCCAGAGCUCAGGAUUGUCCUGUUUGGGAAGACCACACGUGGAAAAAGUACUCUAGGAGACAUCAUCAUGGGGGACAAGAAGGCAUUCACCUCAAAGGAUACUAAUGUUCGUGUUCGCACAGAGAAGUGCCACGUGGAAAGAAGGAUUAUUGAAGAUCUGAGUGUGGUUGUUGUUGACACUCCAGGUCUGUUUAAAAGCGGACAAAAACACCCAUCAGAAACACUCUUGAGAACAAUCAGGGAGUCUAUUGUUCUCGCCAAACCAGGUGCUCAUGUGUUCCUGUUGUUCGAGAGGCUGAAAGAGCUCAGCGAUAAAGAAUUACAAAUACUGGAGGUUUUUGAGCGGACUUUUGGCAAACGUGCGAUGGCCUACGCUAUGGUGGUGUUCACCCAUGAUAAUGAUGGGAAUGCAGAAAGAGCUAAAACAGAGGAGGGAAUGAAUUAUUUUAAACUCAAAGAAUUACUUGAGCCGUGCCAUGGCAGGCACUUCUUUUUUAACAUUGAAAACAGGAGUCCCACACAAGUCACUGAGCUGCUGAAGGUGAUAAGACAGAGAGAAACACAAUAUUACUACACUCCAGAGAUGCUCACAGAGCAUGAAAAAGAAGAGGCUGAAAAAAGGAGAAAUCAGGAACAAGAGGGAAACAAUCCCAAACCAGCAGAGACAGAAAACAAAGCCAAAUUCCUGGAAAAGUCUGGUUUGAUUGGAAUCAUUUUUGGAUGUGGGUUAGGAUAUUUUAUUGGUGGUGGUGAGCUGAACCCUACAUCAGGAGCUUUACUGGGAGCUGUAGCUGGUAUGAUACUGUCAAUGGGAACAACAGCUUUAGGGAUGAAGGCCAAAAUGCUCUAUGACAACUUCUGCAAAGCAUGA